AUGAAAACAUAUACUAGCACUUCAAUAUAAACUUUAUACAUAUAAUAGUCAUGGACUGUUCUCACAAUAUAAAACAUAACAAAUCCUUUAUCUCUUUCUCCCAUUGGUCUCUUCUCUCUUCCUCAUCGUUUUUUCUUUAUUCCAUCAUUCAUCCAUGGAGUCUGAAGCUUCCAGAUGGUUACAAUCGCUUCAUGCCUCCUUCUGGUUCCUUAUCUUCUCUCUCAUCAUCAUCAUCUCUCUCUUCACACUCUUGCUCUACUUACAGAGAAGACAAUUUUGGUGCAAUUGUGAAGUUUGCCAAGCAUAUAUCACCUCAAGUUGGUCCCUCCAGUUUGAUAAUCUCUGUGAUUGGUAUACUCAUCUCCUCAGAAACUCUCCCAAUAAAACUAUCCACAUACAUGUGCUUGGUAACACGAUCACUUCUAACCCUGACAACGUUGAGUACAUGCUGAAAACAAGAUUUGAAAACUACCCAAAAGGAAAACCCUUCUCUGCAAUCUUGGGUGAUCUUCUGGGUAAGGGUAUUUUCAACGUGGACGGCGAGCUAUGGAUGUUUCAGAGGAAAGUGGCAAGUCUAGAGCUCGGAAAAACUUCAAUGCGAUUGUAUGCUUUUGAAGUUGUCAAUAAUGAGAUUGAAAAUCGCCUUAUACCGCUUUUAUCGUCUGUUGUCGCUGAGGGAAAUGAAGAAGGUAUUUUGGAUUUGCAAGACGUGUUUCGGAGAUUCUCAUUUGAUAGUAUUUGCAGAUUUUCAUUUGGGUUGGACCCAAAGUGCCUGGAAUUGUCUCUUCCCAUGUCACAACUUGCUGUGUCGUUUGACCUAGCUUCUAAGUUAUCAGCUCAGAGAGCUAUGACUGCUUCACCAUGGGUUUGGAAGAUCAAAAGGGUAUUGAAUUUAGGUUCUGAGAAGGAACUAAAAGAAGCCAUCAAGAUGAUCAACGCUCUAGCCCAAGAAGUCAUUCGACAGAGGCGAAAAAUGGGUUUUUCAACUCAUAAAGAUCUUCUUUCUCGAUUCAUGGCUUCGAUAAACGAUGAAACAUAUUUGAGAGACAUAGUCAUAAGCUUUCUCUUAGCCGGGCGUGACACGAUUGCAUCGGCCUUGACUAGCCUUUUCUGGUUGCUGGCAAACCACCCAGAGGUAGAGUCCGCAGUUCUAUCUGAGGCUGAUCGAGUCAUUGGGCCUAACCAAGAUCUCACAAGCUUGGAACAAAUGCGAGAACUUCAUUAUUUGCAAGCAACAAUCUAUGAGAGUAUGAGGCUAUACCCACCAAUUCAAUUUGAUUCCAAGUUUUGUUUAGAAGACGAUGUUUUACCCGAUGGAACAGUUGUGAAGAGAGGAACAAGGGUGACCUAUCAUCCCUAUGCCAUGGGGCGAAUGGAAGAGAUUUGGGGUCCAGACUGCUUAGAAUUCAAGCCAGAAAGGUGGUUGAAAGAUGGUGUAUUCUUUCAAGAGAACCCUUUUAAGUACCCGGUUUUUCAAGCCGGACUUAGGGUCUGUUUGGGCAAAGAAAUGGCACUGGUGAAGCUGAAAAGUGUUGCGCUUUCGUUGCUGCGGGGGUUCCACAUCAAGCUAGCUGUACCAUGCACGUCACUCCGGUUCUCUCCCGGCCUCACCGCCACUCUCAACGGUGGCCUACCAGUCAUGGUCCGAGAAAGGAAAACUGGUAAUAUUGUACACAAGAUACCACCAUAGCUAAAUCCGAGUGUUUUUUUUUUAUUAUUAUUUUUCCAAAACAAAUGAAUCGUAAAUUUGUAAUUACAUGCCAUAAAUUAGCACUGAUGCAUGCAAAUUUACUUCUGUGCCACAAUCAGACUGGUGGGUUGUGAAUCAUAUAGAUGUAAAGUGACACAUGAUCUGAUUGCCUAUAUGGGCAUGCCUGGUUGGAUUUUAGGUAAGAUGUAACAAAUUGUUGGGUAGUUGUUGUUUUCGGGCACAGUGCAGAUGUGUAUGUUUCAUGAAAACAUAUUACCUCUGCUUUUUAGUCCAGUCAGUGUAUGUACAUCAGUGUCUCUGAUUGUUUUCUUGCAAAGUUUGGAAGAACAAGAGUCCAUUGUGUGAAAAAUGAACUUUUUAUCUGUUA